GCAGCGUUAGUUGCAUUCGGCAGCUGCGGCUCAGCAACAUAUGUCGACGCUGUAAUGUUUGAGUCAUAAACCAGGCUUUCUUUCAUCAGGUGCAGUGUUUUUUGUGCAUGCGUGGACCAUUGCGCAAUCGCGCGGUCAGACACGUCGCAGUCGAUCCAGACGAGGCCGCCAAGACGACGAGUGAGGAAGGGAAACGCUCGUUUAUGCUAAACCGAUCGGGCGGAUUGAAAGUGUUGGCAGAUGCGCGAGCUGUGGUUUCUAUGCGUCUUGUCGGCGGCGUGACGCAUGUAGCUCGUUCGAGUGCCUCGGCCUCCUACCAUUGGUUGCUGCCUUUACGCUUGAGGAAGCCUGUCCAAACAAGCAUGUCUGGAUCCCAAAGGAAAAGGACGCGCGUGGACAAUGCUGUCUCGCUAGAUGGACCUGCCACAAAACGCAUGACACUCUGCUCACCAGCCCCAUUCAGCGAUGAGCCUACGGCGGUGGCGGAGCGAGAGAGGUGUGACUACAAUAUCAAGAUUACAAAGGAAAUGGCAGCAUCAGGCCAGGCGCCUCGGCCAAUUAGGGUGUAUGCCGAUGGUAUCUACGAUUUGUUCCACCAAGGCCAUGCAAGGCAACUAAUGCAAGCGAAAUCCGCCUUCCCAAAUGUCUAUCUCAUUGUUGGCGUGAACAGUGAUCAUCUCACGCACACAAUGAAAGGAAGGACAGUGAUGAAUGAUGCUGAACGGUAUGAAGCUGUGCGCCACUGUCGAUAUGUUGACGAGGUUCUGAGGGACGCACCCUGGGUGAUAGAUGAUGCUUUUCUUCAGAAGAACAAGAUUGACUUUGUGGCGCAUGAUGAGAUUCCCUACUGUAUGGGCAAUGAAGAGGAUGUGUACAAGUUUAUCAAAGAGAAAGGCAUGUUUCUCGCCACACAAAGGACAGAUGGAAUCUCUACGUCGGACCUAGUUGCAAGGAUUGUCAAAGACUACGAUGUGUAUGUCAGACGAAACCUUGCCAGGGGUUACUCCGCUAGAGACAUGAAUGUCUCCUUUUUGAAUGAGAAAAAGUUCCUGCUUCAGAACAAGAUGGAUGAGUUAAAAGAUAAAAGCAAACAGUUGGUGGAGAAUUUUGAAGGGAAAAGGCACGAACUCAUCCAGAAGUGGGAAGAGAAGUCAAGGGAAUUCAUCUUUAACUUCCUGGAGCUCUUUGGCAGGGAAGGAAGGCUGGAAACUGACCAAAGUGGCACUCCCUUGUUGGACCUGGAUGCUGAAGGUUUUGCUCCGGGUGCAUCCCUGCAUUAUAUGGAAAUAUGCAAUCUGUUCCGACCACCGGCCAAGAUGAGAACCCGGCGGCCAAUGUCUCGAGACGCCUCACCAUACAAACCGAGUUCUCCAGCUUACUGCCCGACACCGCCGCGUUCCCUGACUCCACCUCCACUUUCACUGGUACGCGAACUGCCUGCCGACAAGCACGCUGAGAUUGCGAGCUCUGGGGGUGGUCUUCCCAAAGCCAAGAGUGACAUAAACAUCUUCUUGCACCACAAGGCCCUGGAAGGUGCCGUCAGAGCAGGGAGCAAAUCCUCCGAAAACAUGCAGGCUUCCAAGUCUCCCGAAUCGCCCUUUCCAGCCAGGAUGGUUAGCCACUUGCCAAAGGAUGUUGCCUCAUUGAAAGAGGACAGUGAUGUCAACUCCCAAAAUCGUGACCAAAAAGGACUAACGCCACAUUCUCUAGAAAAUGUUGCUUCACAUGGUAGUGCUUUCGAGGCACCAUUGGAGACUGGUCCUAAGUGUCUUUCACAUAGCAUUUCAGAUGAAGGCAUGGGUGUGGCCACUGCUCCUGCAAGAAGGAAUUCUCAAGAUGUGUCUCCUUGUAUACCACUCCAUGCUGUGCACUCGGGUCCUGGUGAGGUUCAGUUGAAGAAGGAUGAUUCUUUCUCACCAAGUCAAAGCGUGGGUACAGAAAAAACCAGCAUCAAGGCUGGUGGCUUGGAACCAGUAUUGCACAGUCCGCAGCAGGGCACUACAGAUUUCUAUGUUUCAUACUCCAAUCCUGGGGAAGGUGGCGCUGAAGAUGCAAUAAGUGCGGUCAAUCCCAAGUCUGGCUAUGUAGGGCCAAAUACAGCUGAACCAAGUGCUGUGGAACACGAACCAAAGGUUCCGGUGGCAGCAGACAAAUCUUCGGCAAAUGGCACUGUAGCUUUGUUGGACAGUGCAACUGCAGUUCAACAGCUGGAGGGUUCAAAGGUUUACAGUAGUGAACGGGUUUCAACAGGCCCAAAGCAGGGCACUACUGAUUUUUAUGUUUCGUACUCCAAUCCUGUAGAAGCAGAAGCUGACAACAUCCCCGUUCAAGCUGCAGUGCCUGAUAAUGCUGGAGCCACUGUAAUAGAAUCGGAUGGCAAGAAGCAAGAACCUAGCUCCCUGGUUGAGUGGCAUGACGAAACUUCAGGGAGGCAGGCAGCUACCAAAUCUGAGAGUGGUGGAACAGAAGGAGCGCAAGCUCCCUCUACUUCAGUGCCUGAUCAAAGCAAGGACAAGAAUUGAGAAACAACUGUUGAUGAACUUGUGCAACACAGGCUCUGUUUGAGGACCAACUUGUCGGCGAUGACUGCGAUGAUGUGGCCAUUAAGAUGUGAUAGGGCAUUCUGAAGAAUAUGCUGCACUACCUCAGUGAAUUUAAAUGACACAGUGUGUAUGGCAGAAUGCUGAAAGACUAUAUUCAUAAGAGGCAAAGUUUGAUUUUUAUGUGUGUGUUUUUGGUGCCUUGAACCAUUGCAGUUAAAUUCCUACAAAAUAUCUAGUCAAGGAUGGUAUUUAUUCUUGUUGCUUAAAGCAGGGUUACAGGGUAUUCCAGUGUAUGUACCUUUUCACAUAAAGGUGGCACAUCGUUCCACCAUCAGCUUAUAGCACCUAAUGACUGUAGCACAAUUGAAAGAAUGGUGUACCAUGUCAUUGUAUACGUUUUACAUCGCUCGAAAUUUUCGUUUGUUCA